GUUCCCGGCGCCGGGAGCCGGGCAGGCGCACGCUCGUACGGCGGCCGCAGCGGCAGGGCGGGGCCGCGGAGCAGCCGCGGCGGCGGAGGCAGCCCCCGGGAAGGCGACUUCGCGCCCCUCGGUGCCUCGCUCGGCCCUCGGAGGGGUCCCGGGUUCCCGGAGACUUCUGCCCGCAGCCAUGGGCGGCGUCGGGGAGGCCGGCGGGGGGCCGGGGCCGCGCGAGGGGCCCGCGCAGCUGGGGGCGCCGCUGCCCACCUUCCGCUGGGAGCAGAUCCGCUCGCACAACCUGCCGGGCGACAAGUGGCUGGUCAUCGAGCGUCGCGUCUACGACAUCAGCCGCUGGGCACAGCGGCACCCGGGGGGCAGCCGCCUCAUCGGCCACCACGGCGCGGAGGACGCCACGGAUGCCUUCCGUGCCUUCCACCAAGACCUCGAUUUUGUACGCAAGUUCCUGCAGCCCCUGCUGAUCGGAGAGCUGGCACCAGAGGAGCCCAGCCAGGAUGGACCCCAGAAUGCCCAGCUGAUUGAGGACUUCCGAGCCCUGCGCCAAGCAGCUGAGGAGAUGAAGCUGUUUGAGGCCAAGCCCACCUUCUUCGCCUUCCUGCUGGGCCACAUCCUGGCCAUGGAGGUGCUCUCCUGGCUCAUCGUCUACCUCCUGGGCCCCGGCUGGGUGCCCAGCACCCUCGCCGCCCUCAUCCUCGCUGUCUCCCAGGCUCAGUCCUGGUGUCUGCAGCACGACCUGGGCCACACCUCGGUCUUCAGGAAGUCCCGGUGGAACCACCUGGCCCAGCAGUUUGUGAUGGGGCAGCUGAAGGGCUUCUCAGCCCACUGGUGGAACUUCCGCCAUUUCCAGCAUCACGCCAAGCCCAACAUCUUCCACAAAGACCCAGAUGUGACCGUGGCUCCCAUCUUCCUCCUGGGAGAAUCAUCCAUUGAGUAUGGCAAGAAGAAGCGCAGAUACUUACCCUACAACCACCAGCACCUGUACUUCUUCCUGAUCGGCCCGCCGCUCCUCACCCUGGUGAACUUUGAGGUGGAAAAUCUGGCGUACAUGCUGGUGUGCCUGCAGUGGGCGGACUUGCUCUGGGCCGCCAGCUUCUACUUCCGCUUCUUCUUGUCCUACAUCCCCUUCUAUGGCGUUCCUGGGGCGGCGAUCCUCUAUGUGGUUGUCAGGGUCCUGGAGAGCCACUGGUUCGUGUGGAUCACGCAGAUGAACCACAUCCCCAAGGAGAUCGGCCAUGAGAAGCACCGCGACUGGACCAGCUCGCAGCUGGCAGCCACCUGCAACGUGGAGCCCUCGCUCUUCCUCGACUGGUUCAGCGGGCACCUCAACUUCCAGAUUGAGCACCACCUCUUCCCCACGAUGCCAAGACACAACUACCGCAGGGUAGCCCCACUAGUCAAGGCUCUAUGCGCCAAGCACGGCCUCAGCUACGAGGUGAAGCCCUUACUCACCGCCCUGGUGGACAUCGUGGGGUCCCUGAAGAAGUCUGGCAACGUCUGGCUGGAAGCCUACCUCCACCAGUGAAGGCACACCCAGGGUCCCGCAACCACCAAGCCAGCCCAGGCAGGCUCAACGACACCCCCCACCCUCCUGCCUGGGGGGCCCUGCUACCCUCUUCAUCCUGCUGUCUUCCCCUCGGCCCCCUCGCCUGUCUGCUCAGCAGCCCUAAGGCCGCGGUUCUCCGUCCAACAGGACCAGGGCUAGGGGGAUGGUACAUAAAGCCACACGGUGAGCAUGGCAUGUUUUCCUAGAGCAAAAUGUAGGGAAAACGGUUAUUUUUAUAUAAAAACAAACCCAGAUAUAUCAUGGAGUAGAGUACUGAAUGUGCAUGAAUUUUGGAGCUGGAGUCUGCCCCAGGCUACCCAAGAGGAGUUCAGGCCCUUGGGUCCUCAGGGUGUUGGGGGCAGGGGAGGAUGGUGGCUUUUGGAGUCCCCUCCUCUCUGGGUCCGGGAGCUGGCAGCUGCCCGGGCUCGGAUCUGCCCAAGGGCCUGGUCUCUUCCUGUUCUUACCCGCUAACCAGCAGCGUGGGCAGGUCACGCUGGGUUCACCUCACUUUACUUCUCUGCACUGUAGGACAGGGGCUGAUCAGCAGAUGAGGGCCCAGGGCUGAGGGCUGUGUCGGCAGGCGCCCCCAGAGCGCAGGAGAGGGAAGCCCGUAUGUCCCGGCCCCGCGUUAGCUUCCUCCAGCAGCCUCCGUGAUGAGGGGCCUCAGAGGACCACAGGCAGGGGACCACCUGCCGAUCUUGGUAUUGCACUUGGCACCACACGGGUGGGGGCGUGGCCUGACUGCGCUCAGUGGCCCACAGGAGGUGACACUGCAUCUCCCCUGUGCCCGCCUGGGGCCAGGCGCUUGCCUGCAGUUGCUGCAGUGAAUAAGCUGGACCUCUGGGAAAUGCCCGUUUCUGUCCCUGGAGUCUGGGAGUGGCAUCCGGGGGCUCGCCAUGGCCGGCCAGUAUCCUUGGGCAGGGCGCUGCCCUGCCUCAUCUGGAAGGUGUGUGUGGUUGGCCUGGGCCUAUGGUUUUCGGACAGUUCUGGGGAGAGCUUUGAGUUGCCUCUUGGGGCUUCUAGAAGGUGGGAAGAAAGGAGAGCUGGGAGGCUGGACACCCCGCUCCCAGCACCCAUGCACUUCAGCAGCUCCAGGCUGAGCUGAAGGUUUCAUUUAAGAAGUGUCAGCAGCUUUAAAAAAAAAAACUUGAAAUGCAGAGCUAGGGUUUCUCUGAGGACGUUUCUGGAGAGGGAGCUGAAGUCUCCCCACCAGCUGCAGGAUUGCCCCCCCCCCCCACUCUUUGUCAGGGUUUCUAUUGCCCUGAACUGGGUCCCCUUCAGGAAGGGGCACAAAUACUGCAGCAAUUCUGGCUCCAUCCUCCCCAGGACCCCCCAGCCCCACCCCGGUCCACUCCACGCAGCUCCCAUCCCCUCUUCUGUGGAGUCCGGCAGACCAGGGGGCAUGUCCUGCCUCUGCCAGGACUCAAGGCUGUGUCAUCUUGGGGAAGUUAUUCAACCUCACUGAGAGGGUGUGUGACCUCCUAGGGUAAUGUAAGAUAAAAGGGAUGCUGUGUGGAAGGCUCUUUGCAUAGAGCCGAGCCACAGGGCUCAGAAAUGGGAGAUAAACAAACAUAGAUAAGGAGAUUAGUGGUUACCAGAGGAGAAGGAGGUGGGGAGAGGGUGAAAGGGGUAAAGGGGCACAUAUGUGUGGUGACGGAUAGAAACGAGACUAUUGAUGGGGAAAACGAUGCAGUCUAUAAACUGAAAUAUAAUAAUGUACACCUGAAAUGUACACACUGUUAAAAGCCAGUAUGACCUCAAUAAAAAAACAAUAAAAAAAAAAAAAAGCCAAUCCUAAAAAAAAAAAUUUAUGCACACAGUCCAACGCCCUGGGGCCACCACCUGCCUUGACCUGGGAUAAACGCUUGGCUGUCUCUGAGCCUCUUUCCCCCUUGAAAGGUACUUCCUGCCUUGACAGCAAACUCUUUUAUGUCUAGAGUAGGCCCCACAUUCAGGGUCCCUGCACAGCUGUUAGUCCCCCUUCCUGCGGCCGCUGUGGAAGCCCUGGGCGGGCGGGCGGUGCCUUUCCUGCAGAGGCUCUGAGGCGCUUAUCAGGGAGAUGUUAACACUGGUCUCCGGGGUAGCGCG